UGAAUUUUUUGAAAAUUGGGUAAUGUAUGCAGUCGCCACUGGCGCCGAAAGGAUAAAUCGGAAUCGAGAAAGGGGAGGAAGGUGAGAAAGGCUAAAAGGAUAAAGAAAAAUGGCGUUGGUGAUACACUACUUGUGCUCCUCUUCAGUUCCCCUGGCACGUGCGGUCAGGUCACGUGCCUUGACCAUGAACUCUUCUUCCUCACUCCCCAUGGUCAAGACCGCUGAUUCUCAUGUUCUGCUAGGCAUGUCCGAACUCGACCUUCAACAACUCGCCCUCAACUUCGGCCAGCAAAGUUAUAGAGGCAAACAGCUCCACCAGCUAUUAUACAAGAGGAAGGUUAAACAAAUCCAAGAUUUUACUCACUUGCCUGUGCCAUUUAGAAAUGAUCUCGAAGAAGCUGGUUGGACAGUUGGGAGGUCGCCUAUUCAUAAAUCGGUCACUGCAGCUGAUGGCACUAUCAAAUUGCUGAUUAAGCUGGAAGAUGGCCGACUAGUUGAAACCGUGGGCAUACCAGUUGAAGACAAGAAAGGGUCACUGCGCCUUACAGCAUGUGUCUCCUCGCAGGUAGGCUGCCCAUUGCGUUGCUCAUUUUGUGCUACAGGCAAGGGAGGUUUCUCGAGGAACCUUAAGAGGCAUGAAAUCGUUGAACAGGUUUUGGCAAUAGAAGAGCUCUUUAAACGCAGGGUGACGAAUGUGGUAUUUAUGGGAAUGGGGGAGCCGAUGUUAAACUUGAAAGAAGUUCUCGGAGCUCACCAGUGCCUGAAUAAGGAUGUACAAAUAGGCCAAAGGAUGAUGACAAUUUCUACGGUUGGGGUUCCAAACACUAUAAAAAAGUUGGCUUCUCAUAAGCUUCAGUCUACAUUAGCUCUAAGCCUUCAUGCUCCAAACCAGAAACUAAGAGAACAAAUUGUGCCUAGUGCAAAGUCGUAUCCUUUAAAUGCAAUUAUGAAGGAUUGCAGAGACUACUUUCUAGAAACAAGUAGAAGGGUUUCUUUUGAGUACACGCUUCUAGCCGGGGUUAACGAUGCAGUGGAGCACGCGAAGGAAUUAGCAGAACUACUCAAUGAAUGGGGUCGUGGUCAUCACGUAAACUUAAUUCCGUUCAAUCCAGUAGAAGGUACUGAGUAUCGACGCCCAUACAGAAAAGCAGUGCUUGCAUUCACAGCUAUAUUAGAAUCCCGAAAAAUAACUACUAGUGUACGUCAGACCCGGGGUCUAGAUGCAAAUGCAGCUUGCGGACAACUAAGAAAUGAGUUUCAGAAGAGUCCACUGUUGCCUAGCUUAGAUGACAUGCAACCACAAUUAAAAAUUCCUGUUGCUUGAUUCAAGAAUGCUUGUUGCCCUUGGGCAUGAUUUUCCUAAUAAUUUUUUACCAUUUAUGCAUGGAAUUUUUAGUUGCUAUUAGUUUAUUUGUUGGGGAAAAUAUCAAAACCCCAUUCAUUUGUUUAACAUGUUUCAAAAUCGACAUUAAUUAGAAACUUCACUCAAUUUUGAUCCUUCACUUCUUAGA